ACACACACACAACCACAAAAAAUUCCUAUCCUUUCCAUUCAUAGGAAGAUGUUUUCCAUUCGCUCUUUCUCUCUUUCCUCUCUGAGCUGAAGCAUUAAACUCACCACACCAAGAAACCUAAACCCUACCCACAAAAAACCAAAGAGAAAAGGAUUGAGAAUUGAGAGACAUGGGGAGAGGGAAAGUUGAGCUGAAGAGAAUAGAGAACAAGAUAAAUAGGCAGGUCUCUUUUGCAAAGAGGAAGAGUGGGCUGCUCAAGAAGGCCUUCGAGCUCUCCGUCCUCUGCGAUGUCGAAGUCGCCGCCAUCCUCUUCUCCAGCCGUGGCAAGCUCUACGAGUUCUCCAGCUCCUCCUCCAUGGCGAGUACGAUCGAGAGGUACCAUAGAUACACUUUUGCAAAUGCCGAAUCUAGUCAAGUGACAAUGGAUCACAUGCAGAGCACUUACCAGGAGUACGUAAAGCUGAAAACCAGAGUUGAGGCCUUGCAACGUACUCAGAGAAAUCUUCUAGGGGAAGAUCUGGGGCAGAUGAGCAUAAAGGAGCUAGAGCAGCUUGAGCACAAGAUGGACAAGUCCCUCAAACAUAUCCGCUCCACCAAGAUCCAACACAUGCUGAAUCAAGUGGCUGAUCUUCAAAAGAAGGAGGAAACACUUCUAAAGUCCAACGAAGGCUUGAAAAGGAAGAAACUAUUGCAGAUUGAGGAGUACAAUGCCGCAGCUAGACCUGCAUUGCAUCAGCAAGGUGAUGACCAUAACGGCAUCUUAUAUGACCACAGAGGUGCUCAACAACACUUGCCGGGCUCGUUCAACCCUCUCGUUCACUGCAGUAACGGCCCCUUGCAAAUCGGGUGCAAUCAAGCGGUUCUGGAGCCCAUGAAUAAUGGAGCAGUAGUGGCUCGAAACGAGAGCCAUUUCCUCCCUGACUGGACACUCUGAAGUCGUUAACGGUGUCUUCGGAAGAGCCCACAAGAGCAUAAACAUUCCUCUAAUGGUGGUUCUGGGGAUAUGUUAUAAUUUGGAAGGGGCAAAAUAAGAACUUUCGGGGUCCGGGUGAUAAGUUUAUUUAUUGCCUUACUGCGUUAACGUAUUAAAAUAUGAUGAUGCAAAUUCUGAUAGAUGUAAUAAGGUGUGGCACUCUUUUUACUGCAUAUUGUCUUUGAAAUAUAUUUGAAUAAUGAAGUUUGUCUGACUCAUGGAUUAUGAUUUACAGUUUACGAUC